AUGGCUUCUUCAAGGCGACAAAAUAUCUCUUGUGCAACAUGCGGCAAAACAGCAGGUAUAUUUACAUGUCGUGGAUGUUCAGAGAAUUUUUGCUUACCUCAUACGAAUGAGCAUCGAGCAGCUAUUGAAAAACAAAUGGAUAAUAUUACUCAUAUUCAUGAUCAAUUUAAACAAGCAAUAUCAGGACCAUCGACGGAAGAAUUUCAGCAAUCGCUGAUGCAACAAAUUGGACGUUGGGAACAAGAAUCCAUUCGUAAAAUUCAACAAGUAGCUAAUGAUACUCGACAACAAUUAGCAAUUAUUGUUCGAGAUCGUACAGAAAAUAUUAAAGAUAAAGUAUCACAGAUUACAGCACAAUUAAAACGAGCUCGUCAAGAUGGAGAAUUUUUUGAAAAUGAUUUAAAAGAAUGGUCAGACAAACUUAAAAAAUUUCAACCGCUUCUUACUAAACAACAAAAAAUAAAAAUAAAUAUUGAUAAAAAUUCCGUUCCAUUUAUUUCAAAAAUUUCACUUCAUGAUUUAUCAAAUGAUAGUCUUGUACAAUCAACGAAUGAACCAUCAUAUGCAACAAAUUAUGACGAUGAUAUUCAAGAUGAAUGUGAAGAUUAUUCAGAUAUGAAAGAACAAACUGAAUAUUCCGAAGGUGAACAUUCAAUUCGGUUUAAAAUUGACCAAUAUGAUCGAAAUAGUUCGAUUCUAUUUGGAAUUACAUCAAAGGAUGCUUCCGGCAUAACAAAUCCAUUUGAUAAUCCAACACUUUACGGUUGGACAGGAGAAAAUAGUGUUUAUCGUGCUGGUGAGCUAUAUCAAAAUUAUCGUGGAUACAAAAGUGAUAUUCAAACAGAUGACAUUUUGAUGCUUGGAAUUAAUUGUGACCGGGAAAUUAUUACUUUAACCAAUGAACGAACGCGUCAACGAUAUGAAUUAGGAAUUGAUACAACGAAAUGUCCAUUGCCAUGGCAACCAAGUGUUCGUUUUUUUGUUAACGAAGAAUAA